ACUGAACGCUUUUGACAUUUAUAUGUCAAAGUCACCAAUCAAAACACGUGGUCGACAUAUUGAGUUUUGUUUAUUCUACCAGUUACAAACAGAAAUAAUUCAUUCACACCACAAUGUCGCUCCUCAGAAUUAAAAAACCCACCACACGUAAAGGCAAAAAGAUUUUAUUGGCUCGAGAACCUCAACUUCACGAAAAAGUCAAAAACACAUUGUUCAUUGAAGGACGAAAAUGUUCAGGUGAUGUUAAACAAGCGCUGAAGGACCUUUAUCACAUUAAGAAGCCACUUUGCAAAGUAUUGACUAGAAGCAAUGAUAUCUCCCCAUUCGAAGAUACAUCAUCAUUACAAUAUUUAUCCGAGAAGAAUGAUUGCACACUCUUUAUGUUCGGAUCAACGUCGAAAAAGCGGCCCGACAAUUUAGUCCUUGGACGCAUGUAUGAACAUGAAUUGCUAGAUAUGGUGGAAUUGGGCAUUAAGCAGUACAAAGGUCUGCAGGAUUUCAAAAACGAUAAAAUUGGCACCUGCGUCAAACCAUGCUUGGUGUUCAACGGUCCGAAAUGGGGUCAAACAGAAGAGUAUCGACGAUUGAAAUCACUUUUUAUCGAUGCAUUCCACAGGGAUACGGUUCAAGCAAUACGACUUCAGGGUAUCGAGCAUGUGCUCAGUUUUACGGUAACUGACGACAAUUUGGUGAUGCUGCGAUCGUAUAAAGUUUUAUUGAAGAAAUCUGGUCACAAGACUCCUCGUAUUGAGUUAACCGAAAUCGGUCCAUCGAUUGACUUUUCCAUUCGUCGAACGAAAAUUGCCUCUGACGAUCUCUACAAACUGUCAAGGAAACAGCCGAAACAAUUGAGAGUGACCAAAAAGAAGAAUGUCACUCGCGAUGAAUUGGGUAACACACACGGCCGUGUUCAUGUUGGAAAGCAGAAUGUUAUGAAAGUGCAAACCAGAAAGGUUCGGGCGUUGCGGGCUACACCCGAAGAAAAGAAGGCGAAGAGACAACUGAAAAAGGCCGAAUUGAGGAAGGCCAAAGCUGCUGCUUGAUUUUGCCAAUGUGAAAUCAAAAUUGAAAAAUUUGCUUCAAUAAAUGAGGCGAGACCCA